GAGGCUUAUCUUGGAAAACCCCGGAUGUGAAGAUGGCGGCGCCCUAGACGCGAAGAAAUUUUUCAAAGGCAAAACACAAAUCAAUGUUUUCGGUUAAAUGGCCUGUUACUGAAGGAUUAGUGGGAAUUGCAGUUGUUACUACUACACAGAACUACAGGUGUUGCAGAUAGUCCACUUACCAUGAACAAAGUGUUGGUUGGUGGUGCCGUGGUAGGGGUGAUCUAUUCUGCCGUUGGGUUUCCUUCCAAGAUACGAGGACGGUCAAUGACACCCACUUUAAAUCCUGAUGAUUCCAAGUACUCGGACUACAUAUGGAUGAGUAAACUGGGCAGCCAGCAAUUCAAGUACCAGAGAGGAAAUGUGGUCUGCCUUGUUUCUCCCAAGGACCCAAAAGAACGUUUGAUCAAGCGAAUAAUUGCACUAGAAGGGGAUACUGUCAAGACCCUGGCCUACAAGAACCGUCAGGUUACAAUUCCUGAGGGGCAUUGCUGGGUGGAGGGAGACAGUAAAUACAGGAGCUGCGAUAGUAACAUAUUUGGUGCGAUUUCCAUGGGGCUAAUACAAGGGCGCGCAACACACAUAAUAUGGCCACCAUCGCGAAUACAAAGACUAGAUAACCGUUACCCAGAGGAGCGUGUACAAAUUCCUCCAGACUCUAAACAUAUACCUACCAGUAACCCUUCACUAGGUACCAGUAAACAUUCAAUUUUAGCAAAUGAAAAGGAAUGACAGAAGAGGAGGAAUUAGGCCAAAAUUUGAAUGUAUUUUAUUUUGUAUUAUAUAUAUAUAUAUAUAUAUAUAUAUAUAUAUAAAACAUUUUACAUGAAAUCAAAUACUGCAUAAUUAGAUGAAUUUUACCUAUUGAAAAUUGUCUGGCAAGCUGUGACGAGAAAACUACUUGUAUCACCAUCUUGUCAAUUUUGUUUACGUAGAUUUGCACAGUAAAAAAAUUCUAAGGAAAUAGAUGGUAAAUUGCUGAAUACAGGUACCUACAUAUAAAAGAAAGAAUUGAAUAUUGGAUUUUUUUUUUUACAGUCAAUAAGUUAUUUUAACAGUGGUCAGUUUGAAUCUUGCUGUCAGCUUUCACCUAAACCCAUGGACAGGCCCAAACUAUUGCUGCAAGCCGAGUCUGUUAUUACUCUUGAAAUGUAGCAUAGUGGUACCAUUAGUUGAGAAAAAAGGACAUUUAAUUAUCAUUUUUUUUAUCAGCCAUUGUUUCAGAAUGACUUUGAAUUCUGGAAAAAUUUUGACUGGCCAUUUCUGAAGCUCAAACAUCCCCAUUAUAUUCCCUUCUGAAUAAUAUAGUUUUUGUUUGGUGUGAAUAGCAGCACAUUACCUUUGAAGAUGCAUGUAAUUGAUAAGUGGUAAAAUUAUUACAAUAUAAGUUUGAUUUUUUUAUCAGUAUGGGAUUUACUAAGUACCCAAAUUGUCAAUUUGUUUCUAUUAGUUUUAAAGGAUAUUGUAAGUUAUGCAGUCAUUUACUGGGGGGACGGAAUCGUAUUUAGUCCAUGAAAAAAAUUUUAUAUUGGGUGAGGUGCCAUUACAGUAUGCUUGCAUGGACCAUAGCAUUCUGUAUUCUCCUGAAAUUGACUGCACAAUGAUUAAUCAUGUUGCUGUUUUAACGUGAAGAUAAUAUUAUGACUACUUCACCAAGUCUUUGUGAGUCUUGUUUCAAUUACUAACAGGGCACAUUCAGAACCCGCAGGCUAAUUGAUCUGCAUAUUAAAUAUGGCCGACCCACUUAAAACUCGGCGCCACUUUGGGGCGCAAUUCGUUCUCAUGCUGAUGUUUGCCUUGUUCCCUAUGCCUGAUCAAAGUGGAGCAGAAAUUAAAUCAUUGUGCACUUGUAGGGAUGGCAUGUGUAAGAAGCAGGGAGCCCAUUAAGGGACUAUGCAGUAUUGCUUUCAAGUGGGUUGGCCAUUUUUGAUUCGCGGAUCAGUUUGUCCACGGAUCAAAUUGUUCUGAAUGCACCCUGAGUGUGACGCGUAUUAGGCAGAAUAUUGUCAAUAUGGCCUAACAAGGUCACCAGGUGUUCGAGAUAUAUUGUAGGUUCUUCCUGGAAUGAUAACGUAACAAUCAUAUAUUGUCAGUACAAAUAAUUGAAACAAGACUCGGGGGGGGUUGCGAGUUCAUUGUGCACUUCAUCAGGUUGUAUGGGCUUUUUCAGUGGUGUGAUGAUAAUUAUUUUAA